AUGUCACCCUCGUCCGUCUUCCACAUCAAGGAACAUGUCCUCGACGCCUCACACAUUCGCGAAUUCCCACGCGCCCUCGCAAACUCACAAGACGAUGUGCUCAAGCUGGCCGUGAAGGAGUACAUCCCCAAGGAUAACCCGAACCCGCAGCCUGGGGAUGUGACCAUCAUCGGCGCCCACGCCAACGGGUUUCCCAAGGAACUCUACGAGGCUCUCUGGGAAGACCUCCAUGCCGAGUCCAAAAAGUCAAACUUCCGCAUCCGCUCAAUCAUCAUCGCCGACGCCGCGUGGCAGGGCGCCUCCUCCGUCCUCAACGAGGGCAAGCUCGGCAACGACCCCGGCUGGUUCGACCACCCGCGCGACCUCGUGCACGUCGUCAACACCCUGCGGCCCUCGCGGCCCCUCGUCGGCGUCGGCCACUCCUUCGGCGGCAACGCCAUCGUCAACGUCGCCCUCAUCAACCCCCGCCUCUUCUCCGCCGUUGUGCUCCUCGACCCCGUCAUCUCAAAGUGGUCCUCCAACGCAAAGGGCACCAUCGGCGCGAGCCCGGCGGCCGCCUCCGCCUCGCGGCGCGACCUCUGGCCGUCCCGGGACGUGGCGAAGAAGGCCUUCCUGCGGAGCCCCUUUUACAAGGCCUGGGACGAGCGGGUCUUUGAGAGCUGGGUCCGCCACGGGCUGCGGGACGUGCCGACGCAGCUGUACCCCGAGGGCCAGGGGGUGACGCUGGCCACGACGAAGCACCAGGAGGUCUUUACGUAUUUCCGGCCCAGCUGGGAUGCCUACGACGACAAGGGGCAGACGGUCGUCAAGCCGGACCUGGUGCCCGACCUGGACCCGUCGCUGAACGAGCGGUACUACACCUUCCCUGUGUACCGCUCCGAGGGAGCGAGCACGCUUGCGAGGCUGCCUCAUCUGCGGCCGGGGACGAUGUACGUCUUCGGAGGGAGGAGCGAUUUGUCGACGCCCGAGCUGAGGGAGGAGAAGAUGAGGCUGACGGGCACGGGGCCGGGCGGGAGCGGAGGCGUGGAGAGAGGGCGGGUGAGGGAGGUCACGCUGCCCGAGGCGGGACACCUGUUUCCCAUGGAGAUCCCGGGGACGAGUGCCAAGUUGACGGCGGAGUGGAUCGUCAAGGGGCUGGGAGAGUGGAGGAGGGAACAGGACGAGUAUGAGAGGUGGGCAGCGCUGAGCGUAAAGGAGAAGACCACUCUCACGGAUGAGUGGAUGAAGAGGAUUGGACGGCCCGAACGGCCUCCCAAGGCGAAGAUGUAA